CCUCUUCCUCCUCGCUCCCCUAUCCCCCCAAACCCCACACCACCACCGCAUUUCGCCGGGCUCCUCUCCCCUCCUCUCCGCCGCAACCGUCUGGUCCUCGGGACGAACCCCUCCUCCCUGUCGCCAUGGGUCCCGGCCUCUACUCCGAGAUCGGCAAGAAGGCCAGGGAUCUCCUGAACAAGGACUUCCAUACAGACCAGAAGUUUACCCUGACCACCUACACCUCGAGUGGAGCCGCAAUAACAGCUGCGAGCACAAAGAAAAACGAGGCUAUCUUCAGUGAGGUCCAAACCAAGCUGAAGCAGAAGAAUGUUACAGUGGAUGUGAAAGCAACUUCAGACUGUCUGCUCUUAACUACAGUCACAGUUGAAGAAUUUGGUGUACCAGGCUUGAAAAAGAUAGUAACCAUUCCUUUCCCAAGCCAAUCAGCUGGAAAGGCUGAAGUCCAGUACCUGCAUGAUUAUGCUGGUAUCAACGCCAGUUUUGGCUUGAACUCAAAACCUUUGGUUAGCCUUUCUGGUGUGCUCGGCAACAAAGCUAUUGCUGUUGGUGCUGAUGUUGCAUAUGAUACUGCUACUGGGGAUUUCGCCAAGUACAAUGCUGGGUUGAGUUUCACCAACGCUGAUCUCAUUGCUGCUGUGACCUUGAACAACAAAGGUGACAGCCUCACUGCAUCCUACUACCACUUGGUGAACGCGGAGAAGAACACAGCUGUUGGAGCAGAGGUGACCCGCAGCUUCUCAAGCAAGCAGAACACUGUCACCAUCGGCACGCAGCAUGCCCUGGACCCCAGCACCACUGUGAAGGCGCGCUACAACAGCAACGGCAUGGCCAGCGCUCUCAUCCAGCACGAGUGGAGGCCCAAGUCAUUCUUCACCCUCACCACAGAGGUCGACACUAAGGCUUUCGAGAAGAGCUCCAAGGUCGGGCUGUCGCUGGUCCUUACGCCCUGAUGAUGAUGCCGAUCCCUUUUUGGUCCUAGGAUGGUUAGGUUGCCGUAUCACCACCUGAGGUUGACUGUAAUAAUUCUGAAUUCUGAACAUCUUCCUGGCUCAACUUUGGUGUCAUGUGGCAUCUUCGAUUCUGCAAGCUUACCCUUCUGUAAGUGUCAUUCGUCACUCUUUGGUGUAGACGUGGUGGAACUGAAUCGGUGAAAUUACCAGUGAUCCAGGUUAUUGGCAUA